AUGGCCGAUAUUUCGGAGAAAGCUCUCGAUAAAGCUUCUACCAAACUCAAACAAUUGGUUCCUUCGGCCCACAGAGUUGAGAUUAAGGUCUGCGAUGUCUCCAAAGAGACUGAUGUGAAGGCGAUGGUCGAGCAUCUCGAUUCAUGGGGCGGUGUUGAUAUCAUAUUCAACAAUGCAGGUAUCAUGCAUGCAGAUGAUGACGAUGCUAUCAACACCCCAGAGAAGAUCUGGGAUCUCACACAAGCCAUCAACGUCAAAGGUGUCUGGUUUGGCUGCAAGCACGCUAUUCUAUCCCUAAGAAAGUUCAACAAGGCCAAAGGUUCCAUCAUCAACACUGCUUCAGUCGUCGCCUUGGUCGGAUCAGCAACCCCACAACUUGCUUACACUGCCAGUAAAGGCGCUGUAUUGGCCUUGACCAGAGAAUUGGCCAUCGUGCAUGCGAGAGAGGGCUACCGCUUCAACGCAUUGUGCCCAGCACCCUUGAAUACUCCAUUAUUGCAAGACUGGCUCGGUGACGACAAGCCAAAGAGACUUCGACGAGAGAUCCACUUCCCAAGUGGUCGUUUCGGUGAAGCUAUUGAGCAAGCACAAGCAGUACUAUUCUUAGCUAGUGACGAAUCGAGCUUCAUCAACGGACAGGACUUCGUCGUCGAUGGUGGUAUGACAAAAGCCUAUGUAACCCCAGAAGGACCACCACUCGCCGCGCCAAAGAACAACGCCCUUCUUUCUGAGCAAGUCGAUGCUAUCCGUGGUACUGGAAUCUAA